GGACUAUUGCUAGUUUGCGGCUCCUGAUUUUCUUUUAAUAAGGCCCGAGCGCUAUCCAGCACUAAUUCCUUAACCUGUAAACAUUCCAGAAUGGAGCAAGAGCGCUCGGGAAAGAGAAAAAAAAGGAAAAGGGGGGAGGGGAGGAGGAGCUUCUUAUAAGCAUCGGAUGACUUCAGCAGAAGGAAAACAUCAAAAGCUCAGUGACGAAUCAACUUUUUUAAAGACUUCACUCCGGAGCGUCUUGCCUCACGAUGCGUUUUGUGUUUUCUGAGCGAUUGUCUUCCUUCGCUCUAAUGUGUGGGUGCGCGCAUGUCGUCUUUCUCUCUUAUUGUGUACGCGCGCGUGUGUGUGUUGCUGGCGUUGGGAGGGCUCAGCUGAUGUCAUCGAGUGCAGCGAGCCGAUCCUGAAAGAAGAGGCCCUUUGUUGGCAGCCGUAAGCGCCAAGUCGUCCCUGUGCCUCGGCUCCGCACUUGCGCAGGGGGUGGCGGGGGGGGGACAGCAGAGAGAGGAAUGGCACCACAGAGACGGCUCGCCUGCCCGCUCAUCUGACACAGUCGCGAGUCCCGAGCCAGAUCAACGGACACGUCCCCCCGGCUCCUUUUGGGAUCGAAUACAACUGCUACAAAAAGAAAACAACGAAAAGUGAGCUAACCGGAAUCGCAGGAGUUGGGGGGGUGGGGGGUGGAAACAUGGAGAGGCUACGAAAAGAAAGUUUGUAGUCUUUUUGCUUCUUGUUUCACCAAGUGGACAGUCAACAGGAUUCAUGAUAAAGAGCGAUACGGUUCAAGAACCGUUCUGGAUCACUUCUCGUUUUUUGUUGUUUUUAUUGUGCUUUUUUUUUUUUUUUUGCUUUUUGUUUGAAGCAUUCGCCUGUUGGGACACAUAUAAAAAAAACUGGCAGAAGUCUUGAUUUCAAGCGUGAAGGGAAAGAAAACAAAUGAAAAUGUUGGAGAUUUGCCUGAAAUUGGUGGGGUGUAAAUCCAAGAAAGGGCUCUCGUCCUCCUCCAGCUGCUACUUGGAAGAAGCUCUCCAGAGACCAGACUUUGAGGGUCAAGGUCUGACCGAAGCGGCCCGUUGGAACUCCAAAGAGAACCUGUUGGCCGGACCUAGCGAAAAUGACCCCAACCUGUUUGUGGCGCUGUACGACUUUGUGGCCAGUGGCGACAACACACUCAGCAUUACGAAAGGCGAGAAGCUCCGCGUGCUGGGCUACAACCACAACGGCGAGUGGUGCGAAGCGCAGACCAAGAAUGGCCAAGGCUGGGUGCCGUCCAACUACAUCACCCCCGUCAACAGCUUGGAGAAGCACAGCUGGUACCACGGGCCCGUAUCGCGCAACGCCGCCGAGUACCUGCUCAGCUCGGGAAUCAACGGCAGCUUCCUGGUGCGCGAGAGUGAAAGCAGUCCUGGCCAGAGGUCCAUUUCCCUGCGCUACGAGGGGAGGGUUUACCACUACAGGAUCAAUACAGCAUCCGAUGGCAAGCUGUACGUGUCGUCGGAGAGCCGCUUCAACACGCUGGCCGAGCUGGUGCACCACCACAGCACGGUGGCCGACGGCCUCAUCACCACGCUGCACUACCCGGCGCCCAAGCGCAACAAGCCCACCAUCUACGGCGUGUCCCCCAACUAUGACAAGUGGGAGAUGGAGCGCACCGACAUCACCAUGAAGCACAAGCUGGGCGGGGGCCAGUACGGCGAGGUUUACGAGGGCGUGUGGAAGAAGUACAACCUCACCGUGGCCGUAAAGACGCUCAAGGAGGACACGAUGGAAGUGGAGGAGUUCCUCAAGGAGGCCGCUGUUAUGAAAGAGAUCAAACACCCCAACCUGGUGCAGCUUUUGGGCGUGUGCACACGGGAGCCUCCGUUCUACAUCAUCACAGAGUUCAUGACCCACGGCAACCUGCUGGACUACCUGCGGGAGUGCAACCGAGAGGAGGUCAACGCCGUGGUGCUGCUCUACAUGGCCACGCAGAUCUCCUCCGCCAUGGAAUAUCUGGAGAAGAAGAACUUUAUUCACAGGGACCUCGCCGCCCGCAACUGCCUGGUGGGCGAGAACCACCUUGUAAAGGUGGCAGACUUUGGCCUGAGCCGGCUGAUGACGGGCGACACGUACACGGCGCACGCGGGGGCCAAGUUCCCCAUCAAGUGGACGGCCCCGGAGAGUCUGGCCUACAACAAGUUCUCCAUCAAGUCCGACGUGUGGGCAUUCGGCGUCCUGCUGUGGGAGAUCGCCACCUACGGGAUGUCCCCUUACCCUGGCAUCGACUUGUCCCAAGUGUACGAACUGCUCGAAAAGGACUACCGCAUGGACCGACCCGAGGGAUGCCCCGAGAAAGUCUACGAACUCAUGAGGGCCUGUUGGAGGUGGAACCCUUUGGAACGUCCGUCUUUUGCUGAGACCCACCAAGCCUUCGAGACCAUGUUCCAGGAAUCCAGCAUCUCCGACGAGGUGGAAAAGGAGUUGGGCAAGAAAGGGAAGAAGGUGACGUUGGGCUCCAUUCAGCAGGCUCCAGAACUUCCCACCAAGACCAGAACGCUGCGCAAAAAUAAGGACAGCCGGGACGGAGACAGUCCAGAUCCGGCGGACCCUGACGUUACCCUGCCCUCACCGAUGCUCCCAAGGAAAGAGCGCCCUCUGCUGGACGGCAAUCUGAACGAGGAUGACCGGCUGCUGCCAAAGGACAAGGACAAAACACGCGGUGGCUUUCUGAGCCUGAUCAAGAAGAAGAAGAAGAACGCCCCGGCACCUCCCAAGCGCAGCUCCUCCUUCCGGGAGAUGGACAUCCACACCGAUCGGCGGGGCGGCUGUCCGGACCCCCGGGACGGGGACUGCUUCAACAAUGGUGGACCUUUGUCCAUCGGCGACGCCGCACAUGUGCUGGAAUCCUCAAAGUCUCUGGCGACUAACAAUAACGGCACAAACGGAGCUCCCACCUAUCCGGGACCGCUGUUCCCCCGGAAGAAGGGCGUCCCCGCUGCGCCCGGACCCGCCGGCAAGGCGGCAGUCACCCCUCCCAGCGAAGACGAGGUCAUGACGAACUCAAAGCGCUUCUUUUGGUCCUCCAGCCUUCCCGCCGGCUCGGACGGCACCCAGUGGAGGUCCGUCACCUUGCCGAGGGACUUGGGCCAGAGACACUUUGACUCGGGAACCUUCGGGGGCAAACCGGCGCUCCCCCGCAAGAGAACCAGCGAGCAGAAAGGGGAUCCCGCCCCUCGAAUGGGCACGCUGACUCCGCCUCCGCGUCUGCCCAAGAAGGCGGAAGAGUUGCCGGAUGAGGCGCCGAGAGACGCCGAGCCGAGUCCCGGAUCCAGUCCCAAGGCUUUAACCCCCAAGGUAGUCAAGAGGCCCGGGCUCCCGGAGAACUCCAAGACCAGCGCCCUACACGCCGAGCUGCUCAAGCCCAGCGUCUUCCCGGCAUUGGGCGCCGCCGGAGAUGAAUGCCGGGCCCGGCGCAACAAGCACACCAACGACAGCCGAGAGAAGGGCAAGUUCCAGAAGCCCAAACCGGCUCCUCCGCCGCCGCCCGCCAAUGCCAAAGCAGCCAAAACCGCCCGUGGUCAAGAUCUCCCAUCCCCUUUGUCAGAAAUCAAAGCUAAGGGGCUCCCGUCCGCCUCGGAGCCCCAACACGGAACCGUUCCCGGCGAGGGAGCCAAGAAGCUGCCCCCGAGUUGCAACUCCAAACCUCAACCGCUCAAGACCUCCGCCUCGGCGAGCGGCUCCCUGGGGGGUGAGCCGGCCGCCUUCGUCCCCCUGGUCAAUCCCCGCCGUUCCCUGCGCAAGACGGCCCCGCGCCAGGCCUCGGAGCGCACGCCCAACUCGGCCGUGACCCGCGAGAUGGUCCUGGAGGGCGCCGAGCAGCUGCGCGCAGCCAUCGGCCGCAACUCGGAGCAGACGGGCAGCCACGGCGCCGUCCUGGAGGCCGGCAAGAACCUGUCCAAGUACUGCGUCAGCUACGUGGACUCCAUUCAGCAGAUGCGCAAUAAGUUUGCCUUCCGCGAGGCCAUCAACAAGCUGGAGAGCAGUCUGCGCGAGCUGCAGAUCUGCCCCGCCGCCUCCGGGGGCGUCAACGCGCAGCAGGACUUCACCAAGCUGCUGUCUUCCGUCAAGGAGAUCAGCGACAUCGUUCAGAGGUAGCGGAACACGGACAAUAUUGCUACCGACUGAAAUCUGCCCGCUCGCCCGAAAGCUGGCGCCGGUACUCCGGAUACCACCUGUGGUCUUUGCGGAUGCAAAAAAGGAAUUGGGACGAUUUUGGAGUUUGAGCCGAUGUUGAGCAACUGUGAACGAGUCGUCGUCAUCGUCCUUGAAAUCUCUUCCUCCCUCAAAUGCAGAAAAAGUGCCCGUUUGCCUCCGACCGAGUGCAUUGCACCCGGAAUCCAUUUGUGCCAGUCAAUCCCCGACGAAAGGGUUUCCCCAACUGAGGGGCGGCACCCAAACGUGCCAAACGGGAUUUUUGGUUCACGUGUUCUUUAUCGCAGUGUUUUUGCUUACCGUUAUUUUGCCGAGGCACAUGUUUUACAAACAAAAAAGUCACCCCCAAACAAAAAUGCCACCCAAAGUAUCGUACUUGGAGAGGGUGCAAAAUGUUCGUAUGCAGUUGGAAGCGUUUGCCAUUUUAUUUGUUUGCCUUCUUCAUUUGUUUAUUUGAUGCAUCUUUUCUGAUGUGCAUGGUGUGAGAGUGAGUGUGUAAGUGUGAGAAGUUUGUGUGUGCGCGCGCGAAUGAGGAUGUAUUAUAAAGUAUUUGUCAGUGAGCGUGUAAGAGAAGGAGAGAUGUUCACGGGAACAUUUAUGUAUUUACUUGUUUGUGUGAGUGUGUUUUAAAAAAAGGCUUCCAGCUGUGUAUGUACUUUUGCACCCUCCGUUUCCGGAAUUCUGUCCUAAUUUCGUUAGCAAUGAAGUGAAAUUUGGGCACAGGGGUUGGUAAUCAAUCAGUUUUGCGGCGGACGUCGGCGUUACGGCGUGACGUCAUGUAAUUUAGCGAAAUUCGGGUCGCACGGUGGAACGUGGCGGUGAGGAGUGUCUUCAAAACGUUUGUCAAACCCUGACUCAUGUGACAACUAUUCAAAGUGUUCUCUUCAGUGCCGUGCGAACGCCUUUUUUCUUUGUGGCUCAUCUUAUGUCGCCAAGAUGGCGACAGCCAAGUAAGUCGAGUGUAACUGUUGAUACGUUGUGCCUUCGAGACUUUAAUGUUAAAUGGCCAUACAAAAAAAAAAUGGAAAGGAAAAGUCAAGCCCUGAUCUAGUGUUGGACUCUCAACGGAACUGGACAGUUUAUUAAAAGCCAUCAGUAGCAGCUUCAAUACAUUACAGACUCGAAAGUGCGAGUGUGUGCGCGCGUACGCGGCAAGUGCGGAAGGGCGAAUGGUUUUAAGUGUUUUCAGUAUGUGUGUACGUGUUUUUAUAAUUGCGUGUGUGUGAAAUUGUGAAACGUGAGCAAGUGGACUUUGGUGCCGCGGUACAGUUCCGUGUUCUUUGCUCUCAGUCGUACGUACCACUACCCCUUUGGGUCUUAAAUCUCGUCACCAACUUGUAAAUAUGUUUUCUUACGCCUUUUUUUUAGCCUCACGGUGCAAUUUUGUUUGCAAUAAAAUGACAAACGCUGAAAAAUGAAA